AACUUCAAAUUCGCGUUGGCCAUGAAUGCUACCGCGUCAUGUCGCAAUUGCCCCAACCUGAACCCGUCACCUUUUUCAGCAGUCCGGAGGGUUACUUUACACUAUGCAAUGAACUCCGCCUAGAUCUCCAGCCUAAUCCCUCCAUCGGUACACAUGUAUGCACUGUAACAACAAAGACUACCAAUGCGACAACAGGUCCCACCGAUCCGGUGGACAGCACCCAACAACCUGCCCGAUUUGUGGAAGUUCCUGUAAGCGGGGAUGAUAAAGGUAGCUUUUCAUUUAUUAACAAGGACAAGGGGAAGGUCAAAAAAGCAAAAUCAUCGGUGACAAAGCCCGCGAGCUUUGUUUCCAAAGUCGUCGCCAAUGAGCAGUUGGCAAAGAUCCUCUCCUAUCGGCCGACGGAAUCAUCGUAUAUGCUCUUCAAUGUCGGAAAGAGUUUGAUUUGGGCAGACUAUCCCUGUAAACAAAAGGAACCUUUAUCGUACAUCCAUUUUCGAGAUGCAUAUGUUACUUGUUUUGACAUUAGUAUGCUGACGCGCGAUAACAUCGACACUGUCAUUGGAUUUAGCACGGGCGACAUUUUGUGGUAUUCUCCAAUAUCUGGGAAAUUUGCAAGGUUAAACAAACAGGGAAUCAUCAAUAAAUCGGCUGUGACCUGCAUAAAAUGGAUGCCUCCCCGUGGCACAAGAGACGACGAGAAUUUCUUUAUAGCCGGUUUUGAAGACGGCAGAGUGAUAAUAUUCGACCGAGAAAAAGAUGACCCUAGUAGCAGUACAGUGGGACCAACUGCAACGGACGAUGACUCACUAUUCACUGUAAAUAAGCCCCCAAAAGCACCCAAGACGAAUCCGUGUUCAUGGUGGCAAAUGGGAAAGAAGGCAAUAACUGCCAUAGCAUUCUCGCCAGACAUUCAACAUGCGGCAGUCACUUCCAUGGACGGAUGCCUACGGAUAGUAGAUCAUCGCCAUGAAAAGCUUCUUGACACAUACAAAAGCUACUUUGGGGGCUUCACAUGCGUUGCCUUCUCGCCAGAUGGAAAAUAUAUUCUUACCGGAGGACAAGAUGAUUUGGUCACCAUCUGGCAAUUUCGCAAGGGAAUUGUAGCACGAUGCCUUGGACACUCUUCAUGGGUAACAAGCGUUGCAUUCGACCCACAUCUGUGCACUGACAGAAGUUAUCGAUUUGCUAGCGUCGGAGACGAUACACGGAUAUGCUUGUGGGAUUUUGCCCUCCCAACACUACAUCGACCAAAGAUGUCUACGUCGACCAUGAGACGAUCGCGGCAAGAUCUGCAGGAACGACGCUCUGAUCGACCUGAUUCUGUACACCCUGUACUAUCCCGCAGCGAAGUUGUAUCCAUGCCUCCAUUUAUGUCCAAAAGCAUCCACAAUGAUCCCUUGAACUCUGUAACGUUUCGCGAUGAUUCUGUUGUUACCACAGACAAACAAGGCACGAUUAAAAUCUGGCUACGUCCGCAUCCUGUACAAUAAUUAUUUUAAAUACUGUAAUUAGUUUCCCUGCUUUUGAAGUCUUUUAAAUAAAUCUUUUUCCUAAGUCCAAUA